CAAAGAUCAAAAGAAAACCACAAAGAAGAAAGAGGAAGAAGAAGCAACCAUGGAAGGCUUAAUCCCAUUUCUCUUCCAAGCCCUCAAGAAACCGAGACCUCAUAACCGUUACCGAUCGUUUUCCGAAACCUCGACCCGUAGCUACCACUUGCUAGUUGGAGGAGACUCAGUGGAAGGCUCGUCUCACCGUCGAACCCGGUCGGAGUUUCAGCCACCAACCUUUGAUGUAUUGCAGCAGAAUUCAGGCGUGGAAUAUUUGUCAAACUCAAAAAGCUUCAGCAGAGGUUCUGUGCUCUCUCCUGGAAAUCCAAAUGGCUUUAAGCAGAUUGGUUCCAAUGCUAAUUACCAAGUGUCAAAGGGAACCAACUUGAAUCGUCGACGAUAAAAUGAAGUUAGGAGCACGAGAAUUCUGUCAGCAUGAGUUUCAGGAAUCCCAUAAUCCUCGAAACUAUGAAAUUUAAAAACUACUUCUAG